AUGGAACCCUACAAUCACACCAAAGUCAUUGAAUUCAUCAUUGUGGGAUUCCCUAAUCUUCAGCAGUUCCAGAAUAUCCUUUUCAUUUUGCUCCUCCUUGUUUACCUCUUCACCAUCUUCGGCAAUCUGUUGAUCUUCACCAUCAUCCACACAGACUGUCGGCUCCAUACGCCCAUGUACUUUUUCAUCAGCAUUCUUUCCUUUUUGGAGAUCUGGUACACAGCAACCACCAUUCCCAAGAUGCUGUCUAAUUUACUCAGUGAAAGAAAGAGCAUAUCCUUCACUGGGUGUCUCCUUCAAACUUAUUUUUUCCAUUCUCUGGGAGCCACUGAAUGCUACUUGCUUACUGCCAUGGCCUAUGACAGGUAUCUGGCCAUUUGUAAGCCCCUAAGAUACCCUUCUGUAAUGACGACCAAGAUGUGUACACAAAUGGCUGCCAGCUGCUGGAUCUGUGGCUUCAUGUGCCCCAUCACAGAAGUCAUCCUGGUCUCCAAGUUACCUUUUUGUGGCCCAAACCAGAUCAAGCACAUCUUCUGUGACUUCCCACCACUGCUCAGCUUGGCCUGUACUGAUACCUCUAUCAAUGUCCUGGUUGACUUUGCAGUUAAUGCUUCCAUCAUUCUAGUGACUUUCUUGUUCAUCAUGGUCUCCUAUGUGAAGAUCAUCCAAACUGUCUUGAAGAUCAAGACCGCUGAGAGCCGUGAAAAAGCUUUUUCAACCUGUGCGUCACAUCUGACAAUAGUCGUCCUCUUUUUUGGAAGCAUCAUUUUCAUGUAUGUGAGACUGAAGACAAGCUAUUCCUUAGAGUAUGAUAGAGCAUUUGCUGUGAUCUAUGCUGUCCUGACUCCAUUAGUCAAUCCUAUAAUUUAUAGCCUUCGAAACAAAGAAAUCCUAAGGGCAAUAAAGAGGAGAAUUCACCUGAAGAGCCUCCCCAGACCUUGA